GGCAACAAGAGCGGCGGCGCAGAGGUUGAAUCAUGAAUAUGAUGGGGAUACAAAUCUUUAUCCGACUCCUGCUGCUCACAUGUCUGCUCCAAACAGGUGUGAGGAGUGUGAAGGACUCCAUGUUUGUUUACAGCAGAAUCGGCGCCGUUGCCCUGCUGCCCUGCACCAAACCGGCCCCAGCCGGCUGCUCCUCCAUCACCUGGACCUUCUUCAGAGGCGGCCUGGUCCGUUACAGCCAGGAGGUGACCGGAGGGCGGGUCAACCCUGACUCGGACAAAUCCAGCAGAACCACCGUCACGUCCAACUGCUCCCUGGCCCUCAGCGACCUCACCGUGGAAGACGCGGGUUCGUACGUGUGUCUGGAGAACAAGGAGGCGGUCACCGACGUCUACCUGUCGCUGCUGAGCGUCAGCUCGGGUUCUCCGAUCACGGAGCUCCGGCCCGGAGGGAACCUCUUCCUCACCUGCAUCCUCUUCACCUACUACGACGCAGGCAGCUGCAAGCCGUACUCCAACGUGUUCAGGGUCAACUGGCUGGAUGAGGACGGGAAGCGGCUGCCCGGAGACGACAGGAGGUUCAAGCUGACUGAAAACACUCGGUGCAAUGUCACGCUACACAUUAAGCUGCAAGCGGAGGACAACAACAGGAAGUGGAGAUGUCAAGUGGACACCACAAAGGACAAGAAAAUUACAUUUCUGGACUUCAGAUCCUCCUUUCUGUUUCAAAAGGCCCAGAUGAACCAGACUGUGAAGCCGCCGGUCACAGAGGAGUGUCCCGCAGAGCUGCCCAUCAGCCGGAUCGUUCUGUGUGCGGUUCUGCCGCUCAUGGUGAGCAUCGUGGGAUUCUUCACAUGGAAAUCAGACCACAAGAGGGCAAAGACCUCAGCAGCUGUCAUUGAGCUGCAGGAUGUUUACUGACUGACUGCUGAUCUAUUUGCUGCAAAGAAACUGUAAAAUGCAGGAAAUGGACCUAAAAUGAAGAAAAUGGACAAUCGUCCCUUGUUACACUGUAAAAACACAGUCUUAUCAAGUGUUUUUGUCUGAAAUAAGACAAAAAUUACUGUUCAUCACACUGUUCUCAUUUGCAAUAAUUCUCAUUUAGUGUCACCUCCUCUUGUUCUCAUAUCAAACUGUUUACUUGCAUAAAUGUUUGUGAAAGUCCACAACGGUGAAUCUAUUUUUCAAUGUCAGUUGCUGCAAAUAAAUAGAAAAACUCUGCACUGGCUUGCAAAAGUAGUCGUACUCCAGAAGCUUUUUAAUAUUUUCUAUGCUACAAUCACAAACUUUAAUGUAUUUCAUCUGGCUUUUAUGUGACAAACCAACAAAAAGUAGAAGGAAAAGUAAUAAUAAUAAUAAAAGUCAUAAAAAGUAUGC